GAUCCAAAACUGCGCGAACUGUUGGAUGCUGGGAACCUAGGAGGUCGACUGGAAAAUCGAAUGAUAACUGUUGUCUAUGGUCCAGACCUGGUCAAUAUAUCGUACUUGAACUUGGUGGCAUUCCAAGAGGAUAUAGCAAAGGAAUGGUCAGAUGAAGUGUUCAGUUUGGCAACAAAUUUGUUGGCACAGAACAUGUCAAGGGACGCAUUUCUGGAAAAAGCUUACACAAAACUUAAGCUGCAGGUGACUCCAGAAGGGCGCAUUCCUCUGAAGAACAUAUACCGCUUGUUUUCCGCUGACAGAAAACGAGUAGAGACCGCGCUAGAAGCUUGUAAUCUUCCAUCUUCCAGGAAUGAUUCAAUCCCUCAAGACGACUUCACGCCGGAUGUGUACAGGGUGUUCUUAAACAACCUCUGCCCUCGGCCUGAGAUCGACCACAUCUUUUCUGAGUUUGGUGCCAAGAGCAAACCAUACCUUACUGUUGAUCAGAUGAUGGAAUUUAUAAAUUUUAAGCAACGUGAUCCACGAUUAAAUGAAAUCCUUUAUCCACCGUUAAAACAAGAACAAGUUCAACAACUGAUUGAGAAGUACGAACCCAACAGUAAUCUCGCAAAGAAAGGAAACCGCAUAAUGGCCUGGUCCUGCACAAGGACUGUCACUGGCCCUGAUGAGAAAAAUGUCCUAGGUUCUCUAGAUCUAGUCAAAGAGGGUUAUGAAGAGCCUUGUGAUAACACA